AUGAGUACCGGUCAAAGCAUGAACAAUGAUGGAUUCUAUCAUGAAGAUGGAAUUUGCGAUUGGAGUACUUCGAGGGGUCAACCACCUUCGUUGAGUGAUAAGGAUAUACAUCAUGCUAUGCUUGGAGCUCAGCUGUACACUAGUAUCUCCCGAAACACCACCUUGUCCAAAAGAGAAAGAAACGCAGAUAGGGAUUUACUCCAGACAUUUAAGAAUCGUAAUUACGUGAAUUCCAGUGGUUCAACGGCCGCAGAAGUGUAUGGGCGGUUAGAAGUUAAAUACGGUUUGGGUCCUCCUGAGCCAGAUACCAAACUUGAUGUUGACACAGUCGGUAUAGGACGCAGUUCUGAAGAGACUGAAUAUCCUCGACCUGGUAUGGUGCAAAGAAGAGUAUCGGACAUUGAGUUUACGAGUGGCUCACAGAUCGCUCCCCACUAUGCAUCUUCGACCAUGGCAAGUAAUGCAAGACGAUCUUCUGUAGGUAGUGCAAGUCCUUCAAGUCCUUCCAGUCCUAGAUUCUCAUUCUCCGCCAGUACAGGAUCUUCACCAUCCAGUCCUAGAGCACGAAGAUAUUCUUUCAUCUUUUCUGGUGUUACUUCCGGAACGGAUGGACUGGGUAUCACGGGACUUGAUACUGCUUUGGAAGAGUCGCCUGACGAAGCGUAA